AUGGUGAGCUUGGCAAGCAAUCACAAUGCAUCCCAACCUAGGGGCUUCUAUGGGUUCUCCACUGACCAUGUGGGCAUCAACGCAGCAGAGCCAGAUGAUGAUGACCUGAUUGUGGAUCACAUUCAGCUGAUCUCUGGCCCAGAGACUGCACAUAAACCCAUGAAUACCACAUGGGCGAUUGUACUGGCCAAGAUUCUCUAUAUUGCCCUUGGAGUGUCUGCUUAUAUUAUUCCAUUGGAGUAUUGUAAAAAUAGUCUGCCGGGUGGAAAAUGCGACAAAGAGGCCUUUUCCUUGACACAGUACAUUCACGGAGGCAUGUGGUUUGUCUUGUUUGCUUUGGACCGCUAUUUUCACCUGAAACAUGAAGAGAGUAGGCUGCAUGGCUACCUUGAGUUUUAUAGAAAGACUCGAAAUAUUCGCAGAAUACCGGUUGUGAUAAAUUCCCUUGCUAAUGCUGUGAUGGUAAUAGUGGUACAAGUCUUGGACAACUACUGCAGUGAGGAUGAUGGUUGCCACAAACUGAGUAAAGCAAACUAUGUACAGAUUUUAGUCAGCAUCGAAUGUGCCCUGGCCCUGAUCUCCCUGCUGAUAUAUUUGGUUCACACUGUGAAGUUUAACUACAAGAAACCACUCCCAGAUGUGGCCCAGGAGGGGCACUUGUCACAUUUUGGUGCCGCAGGCUCAGACCUUGGCUACAGGAACGAAGGUCAUGAUGACCAGGUCUUAGAGAAGCAGGCUGACAUGAUCCGUUAUUUGAAACAACACACAGAAGUUCUUGCCAAACGCAACCUGGCACUGACGGAAGAAAUCUACAGACUGAAGAGUCAGCGACAGUCCAAGAUGGUCAGGUAG